AUGGACUUGGACUACUGGUUCUAUGAGACAAAGCACAAUGUCUUCAUAUUCUGCUUGGGUAUGGGCGUGGCAGAGUUGGCCCAGCACUUGCCCGAUGCACCGCAAAUGGCGUGGUUUUGGCCCAUCUGCUGUGAUGCGACCUUGCUUAUGACCCUGGCCCUGACGGCCUCCUGGAAGCAGGGCUCGCCUACCUGGGGCUUCAGCUAUUGGAGUGGCUCCUUCGCACCGGUGACGGUGUGGGUGCUGACGUCAACCCUGGGUUACCAAUCGCUCUUGAAUCGAAUCUGCAGUCAUCGAAUUUUGCACAACUUGGGGGAGUAUUCCAUGCAGAUCUACCUGCUUGCAAACCCCCUCCGCGACUUGCUGCCACUCGAACUAGAGCCGAUCCUGCUGUAUGCCGCCAUUCUUACCAUCUCGGUGGCGUUUGCCGAUCUUGCCGAGAGACCGUGGUCAGAGUUCCUGAAGAAAGCUACUGACAAGAUCCAGCGUGGCGCUGCAGGUCCAAGAGACCUCGAGGACGGCAUUCUCCUCUCUGCCCGGGGCGCUCCCGAGCAAUCGAGCGCAAAGUGA